CACAUUCUCUCUUUUCUUUUCUCACAUUGUAGACUUGGACCAGAACGAAAAACCCAAGCAGGGCAGGGCAGGGCAGCGCAGCGCAGCGCAGGGCUAGGCGGCCCUCUCCCCCCAACCCGUUCCUUUUUUCCUCUUUCUCGGCGUCACUCCUCUCCUCCAUUCGCAUAUCCAGCUCGCGCUUCGAGAUCUGGUUCCGCGCGGAGAAAAUCCACAGCGAUCCGGAGACGGAGGGUGGGGAGAGGAAGCGGCCGCUCGGCAGCAGUUGUGGCGACGGAUUUAUGGCUGCAAAUGACAAUGGCGGCGCUGGAACUGGAGGCGGCGGCGAAGGCAGCGGCAGGGGCGCUGGUGGAAGCCCCGUGGCCUCGAUUACCAACGCGCCGGCGGCCACCGCUAUUGGGUCCGCGGAGCUGCGGCUCCGUCCUCAGGAGAGGUGGAGUAGAUGGGGAGGCUGCUUUGGAGGACUGUCCUGUUUUGGGUCACAAAAGAGAGGGAAACGAAUUGUUCCAGCAUCUCGAACUCCAGAUGGGAAUGCAUCAUCUAGUCGUGUAAAUGGUCCUCAAUCUGCAGGAAUUUCUAGUGAAAAUACAAUUCUAAACUUGUCUAUUCUUGCCCCACCUUCAUCUCCAGCUUCUUUCACAAACUCAGCACUCCCUUCGACUGCCCAAUCACCAAACUGUUUGUUGUCAAUGUCAGCUAUUUCUCCUGGAGGACCAUCUUCAACCAUGUUUGCAACUGGGCCAUAUGCUCAUGAAACUCAAUUGGUCUCACCUCCUGUGUUCUCUACUUUUACAACUGAACCUUCCACUGCUCCAUUGACCCCUCCACCUGAACUUGCUCACCUUACAACUCCAUCAUCCCCAGAUGUGCCUUUUGCUCGGUUUCUGUCAUCGUCGCUGAAUAUUAGAAGUGCUACAAAAGAUAAUGGAAUGCCUUAUUUAUCAUCUAAUUAUGUUGGAAGUGAAUUCCAGACAAAUUAUCCUUUUUAUCCUGGAAGUCCUUCUAGCAGCCUCAUAUCACCUGCCACCGGAACCCCAAGAACUGGGAUUUCAUCUCCUUUUCCUGAGCGGGAUACUCCUAGACAGUGGGAUGCUUCUGCAUCAGCACAGGAUUCACCAUGUUGCAGAAAUGGUGCAUCAAAGCUGUUUGGACUUAAUUCAGCUGCAACAAGAAAUUUUAUACUAUGCCCAGAUUCCAGUUUCUUCUAUCCUGCAACAUCAGCUCAAUUUCACUUGGACCAGGCACAACAAUCAGUUCCUCAUAGUGCUGGGAGACAUAGUAUGUCCAGGGAAGCUGAUGUUCACUCCAGUGGAAACAGACAUAGUAAAGCCUGCAAACAAGAUGCAGAAGAGAUUGAAGCAUACAGAGCAUCAUUUGGAUUCAGUGCUGAUGAAAUCGUCACAACACAACAUUAUGUGGAGAUGUCGAAUGAAGUAGAUGAAUCCUUUACGAUGUCUCCAUUUGCAAAUACGAAAACUGGAACUGAUCUGUGUCGCACUAACGAGUUUGCCAACAAAGGGAAAAAGUUAUCCAAUUCACUAGAUCCUCUGCUGACAAAGCAAGUUCCUGCUCAGCCUGAAGUUGGAUUGGAUGGCAGUUCUGAUCGGGAUAACAUACAUGCAGGUUCUAGACCGAACUGUCUGUGCGAAAAUGCCUCACCUUUACUUCAUGGUAACACUGACUCCAUUGGUGGAGAGGGAGGUAGCUCAAGGUCAUCAACCGAUCCCCAACUUGGCAAGCGAGCGCAGCCAGGACAGUCAUUCUCAGAUGCAGAAAUUGAUUAUAGGAGAGCGAGAAGUUUGAGAGAAGCCAACACCGCACUGACCUGGCGCAAUUUGCUGAUUAACUGAUCUCCUUCUAUGCUAGUUAGAAGGAUGAUCAAAUCUCCUCUCUAUUAUCAAGUCUUUGAGCUUGCAUGGAAAAUUUUUUUUCUCCUGAUUCAGUCUGUGACUACUUGUAGGUCCUAGCAGCUCGAGCUGUGGUUAUUGGUGAGUUCCUCUCAUGACUCCCUGUAGUCAAAUCGUGAUUAUGAUGAAGACCUUAGUUCCUCUGAUUAAUGUUGUACAGUAGUAUCCUUUAAGCUUUGCCUCUUUGUUUAAGUGUAGGUGGCUUUUAGCUCACCUGUAAAAAGACCUUGCAGAUCAUAAUGAGAGUCGAAUUGCUUUAAAUUA